UUUACGUUUUUAUUCGUAAAAUUACACGACAGCAAAUGCUACAAAAUUUUUAAGAUUCGUAAGUUUGAGAACAGUUUUGAAAUUAAAUUCACCAAUUUAGUUAAUUGAAAGUGCAAUAAUGAUGGAGGACGCGCAGAAGGAAGAUUACAUCCAGAAACGGCUGAACAAGAUUCUGGAAACGCGAAUCGAAUCGGACCGGGAAACGUUGGAUGCUCUGGCGGAUCUGUCGCAGUUUUAUACGGAAAAUACGCUGCAAUCGAGGCGAAAUCUGCGAAGCCAGAUCGAGCGAAGAAGUUUGGCCAUCAAUGAGAACUUCUUAUCAUCAUUCCGGGAAGUGAAGCUUGCCCUGGAUGACAUCUGUGCGGAUAUCGCUGCCAUUGGUCAAUCAGUCGAGGGCAUGAAAGCACAGCUGAGCAAUACCGAAGCGCAACAGAAGGAGCUGAUCCAACAGGCCAACACGCUCCAGGAGGAGAACAAUAAACUCCUACUGCAGCAACGGAUCGCUUCCGGAUUCCUUUCGCGUUUCCAGCUUUCGGUGGCCGAACAUCAAACCCUGUACGGGGUAACACGUGACGAUCCCAUAACGGCCGAGUUCUUCAACGUACUCGAUCACGUUCAGAUGAUCCAUUCCGAUUGUAAAACUUUGCUUCAAAGCGGAUACCAAACGGCCGCCCUCGAUAUCAUGGAGGAGAUGACCUUGCACCAGGAAGCUGCCCUGGAGCGGCUCUAUCGAUGGACCCAAAGUCACUGCCGCAAUGUCGAUGCCAACGAGAUCGGAAUGCUGGUCAUCCAGGCAAUGGCACGGCUACAGGAACGACCCGUUUUGUUCAAAUACGUGAUCGACGAAUAUUCCACGGCAAGAAGGUCGGUCGUAGUUCGGAGUUUCAUCGACGCGCUCACGGUCGGCAGCCCAAAUGCCAAACCCAUUGAAAUGCUAGCUCAUGACCCAAAACGUUACGUUGGCGAUAUGUUCGCUUAUAUCCAUCAAAUUUUGCCUGUAGAGAGGGAAAACCUUCUGAUGUUGGUCAAAAUGUGCGAUAAGGACAUUACCGAGCAGACACAGCUGGCGAUGACCAACAUUUCCGAUGGGGUGUGCCAUCCCUUGAGAGUCCGCGUUGAAAUGAUUCUGAAUACUGAGAAGGACACCAUCGUUCUGUACUCGAUCUCCAACUUGAUAAGAUUUUAUCAAAACAUGAUUAACAAUGUUGUUAAAGGUGGACAACUUGAACAGUGCAUCGCUGAUCUGCAGUCACAUUCCGAGAGCUCAUAUCUAAGUUCGCUAACUUUCCAGGUGAAGCAACUGCUUCAAGGGCCGAAUGAGCACAAGCUAGGAUUGGAGCCCCCUCAAACUGAUCUCGUCCCAUCCCCAAGUGUUGCCAAGCUCCUAAAUUUGCUAAAAGAAAUCCUCUCGGUGGCCAGCAUGGUCGAGGGUAGUCAAUCCGACAUCCUGAAAAUUGUAACCUGCGUGAUCGAUCCUCUGCUGCAAUCGAUUCAGGAAUCCGCAUCGCAUCUCCCAACCACGGACAUGGCAGUUUACUUGCUAAACUCAUUGUACCAAAUUGAAAGCGUUCUCACCAUUUACGAGUACAUGGAAGAUCGUUUGGAACGGCUUCAUGCUCAAUCCGAUGCCCAACUGGACACGUUGACAUCGGAGCAAGCAUCAUCAUUGGUGGCCAACCUGAAUCUUGGUCCGAUUUAUACCGUACUUCAAAGCAGUGCCGCCCACAUCGAGCAACGCCAUCUGCAAAUGUUUAUGUCAAAGCUGGACAGCUUUCUGGAGAUGCCGGAAAUACUACUGCUGCCACAGGUCAAUCUGCUGCUGAGUGGCAACCAUCGGGCAACCGUGCAGAAACGUUCCUUCAACGUGAUCGUUGCCAUCUACAAGCAGAUAUACGAGCGGAUUCAUGAUCCGAGCAGCGGGUACGAACAACCGGAAGUGGUGUUCUCCAAAACACCGGAACAAGUGGCGGAACUGCUGUGUGGUUGAGGUGGGUAAAAUAUUUCAUAUUAAACGUGCUGUUAACAUUAA